AUGGGCAAAACUGAAGAAAAUUGUAAAUUGACUGGAGAAAUCAUAUUAAUUUCUCAAACAGGUAGUCAUCACAGCGUUGACAAGGUGUUGUUUCAUCAAGCCAGUGCUUAUUAUCAAGCACUCAUUAACAGUAACAUGAAAGAUGCCCAUUUCAAAGAACUUACAUUGGAGUGUUUGUCUGAGUGUGGCUUGGUCGAGGUUAAGGAAUAUUUGUCAAAUUUUCAAAUCGAUAAAAAAGAAUUUAAAGGCCAGACCACCUUGACCUUUUCAAAAAUCAUUAACGAAAAGUCAUUAAUUGAAGUUGAAGAAGGACUGAAGGGUGCACAUUAUUUGCAAAUUAAUGGCAUGGUUGCUCAGUAUCUUCAGCUACUCUUAAAACAUUUAAAAGACACAACAUGGUUACAUAUUUUAGAUCUUUCUAACAGAUAUUCAUUGGAUGAGGUGGCUGAAAAGACUUUAGAUUUUGUUUGUGAGAAUUUCAAAAGCCUAACAGAUCAUCCAGACAUGCUCUUGUUGUCACAAAAUGAAGUGUCUUACUUUGUUGAAUCAGAUCUCAUCAAUGCACACAGCGAAAUUGACAUUUUUAAUUUCGUUAUAAAGUGGAUAUCUUAUGAUGAUUCAAGAAAAUACUGUGCAGAAGAGUUGCUGGCUAAAAUCAGGUAUAGCUUAAUGACAGUCAAUGAAAGAUGUGAAAGUAGUGAUGUGCUUGAUAAAAUGAAUAUAUGUUUUCAACACGUUGAACACAAUGCAAGACUACGGAAUACAGUUGGUGUUGCUUUGGCUCUUGGAGGAUUCACCCAAAAGGAGUUCAGUACAAAUCGUUUUCAAUUGUUGCCACUUGAUAAUCUCUUGAAAGCGUGUGAGUGCAACAGAAACCUCGACGAAAGUGAACAAACUUCUCCUGAAAGCAACAAUGAUAAGUCUGGAUGCAUGCGAACUCGUUGCAGCAACAACGGCUCUGUGGUGUUCAGAUCAAACAAAAAGCAAAAACUGCCUAAUACAUUGUGUGAACAUGGAGCUUGCGUGAUUGACAACUGUUUGUAUGUAGCCGGUGGACAAGAACAUUACUGCACCGAUGGGAGAUACACUACCAACAAAGUGUAUGUCUUCAAUCCGGUUCAUUCCAUCUGGUCACAGUGUUCAAAGAUGCACGUGCCAAGAAGUUUAUUCUACCUUGGUGAACUGGCUGGACACAUGUAUGCAGUUUCUGGAUACACAGCUCCCAACACGGACACACCAACAGUUGAAAAGUACAUUCCCACUGAGGAUCGAUGGUGUAUGUUAGCACCUCUUCCUGUCAGAGUUCACGAACUGGCAGGUUGUGUACGCGCUGGCAAGUUGUAUGUGAGUGGAGGAUUCCGAGGACCAGACUCUGGCCACGUUGACCUGGUGUGGUCGUACGACCCAGCUCGUGACGAGUGGUGCUCCAUGACUCCACUCCUAACUGCUCGCAGUUACCACGCUAUGACGUCUGUAGGCAGCAAAUUGGUGGUCGUUGGAGGGGUCAGAUAUCUUGGCGAUGAUACGUUCAAGGAUUUGAUGGAUGGAGAGAUUUUUGAUUUCGAGACGAGCCAGUGGACAACCAUGUUGAGGUUGAAGAUGCCUGCCUGUUGUUCUCCAUACCUUCUCAUCGACAACUGCCUCUAUCUCUUCGGUGGACACUCCUUUGAGGACAGUGUUGAUCAUAACUAUAUUCAGAAAAUUAAUCUUUCAAAAUAUACCAAAGAAACAACUGUCAAUGCAUGUUCUUCGAUUACAGACAUUGAUACUUGUAAAAGUGCCGAAUUUAACAAUUAUAUGUACCACUUGUUGGAUGACGAUACCAAACGACGGCGAACCACUUGUGUGGAUGACGAUGGUGAUGACGUUGAUUGUAAGACUUAUAAAUACGAAGCACAGAGGAUAUUUUAUUUCAGCAUAUGCAUCAUGAAUUUGACAAAACGAUUUGUUGGGCAGUUCCGCUGAAUUGUGCUUUUUAAAUUAUGUUUAAAUGUUCAUAUUUUUUCUAAUAAGUACUUCUUUACUAUUUUUUUAAAAAUGUAUU